UAUGGGACAGAGCGAUUAAUACGUCGGGAACUGUAUAAUUACAACGGUAAGUAUACUGUGUACUGGCUUUUUUGCUGAAGCUGCUCUCGAGAUUUUGCGGAUAAUAAUGGAUAAUCGCAAAGCAACAGCGGGAAACAAUGAUUCUGAUCAGAGUAUUUCGGAAGAAGAAGAUUUUGAGAGUAAUGUGCAUGGAGGUUGGAGUAUUUCCUUGGGUGAAGCGACGGAAAGGAAGGGGCGAGGACAAGUUCUUUCACAGCUUGAUAUGCUAAGAGAUGCUCAUCGACUUGAACAUGUAACUGGGCCGAGUAAUACCCCUCAGAAGAGGGACAAAUGUAUUCAAGAUGAAGUUGAUAAUAAGCGCAGGUUGAGCUGCCUCACAGAUAGAGUAUCUCCAUGCACUUCAGAUGAAGAGAACAUAUCUGAUGAGGAGGUAAUAAUGGAAAACAAUAUGCUCCUGGCGCGAUCCACCUCCUCAGGAUGUGGAAAUUUCCCAAAAGUUAAUUUUCCAGUUUCUGGAAUUGAUAGGAAUGAUGAGAAAUGUGCAUGGGCUGCAGUGAAUAGAGAAGUUGAGGAACUGGUUCAUGUAAACGAAAAUGCUAUGUGCUCCUCAUCUCCAGGUGUCUUUUCAAAAGUGAGCAAAUCCGGCAAAGGUGUCGGAGGAAAAGCCAAGCCUAAGUUUUCUUUCCAUUUGCAGUCACAUAAGCAUGUCAAUGAUAAUACUUUCAUGUCAUCCAACGGUAUCCCAUUGCUUGAAGCAUCCGAAUUUAUUAAACCCAUAAAUGCAGAACAAUCCAUGUCUGACCUACUAGAGUCUUUCAAGGGAGGGAAAAUAGAGCAGUCAAUUAUUCAUGCAGGGCAAGAAGAAGUGUCGGUUAGAGGGAAUGAUACCAAACACUCAAUGGCUGCACUACUGGACUCCUUCCAGGAAAACAAUGUUCUGCCUCAUGGGGAUGCUGAAGUGAUUAGUAGAACAAAAGAAAGACUGCAGCUUGUGGUCAAAAGAAACAUAUGUUCAUUGGGUGAUAGGACCUUAGAUGGUGACAAAUCCCCUGAUAUGGUGGACAGUGAUUCAUCAAGUGAUGAUAAGGUUUUUCAACAAAAUCUAGAGCAUAUUAUUCCCAACUCUAAAAGAAUAAAAUCCAUGGCUGAUCAAUUUCAAGAAGCUAUAGGUGAGGCUACAGCAAGAGAUAAGGAGAUUCCCUUUGCAUUGCCUACACAUAUGGGCACUGGAUUGUUUGGGAAAUUGCAGAAUGUAAUACAAAAUGAGAAGGAAAGAGAUAUGAAUUUUAUGAAGCAGUUGCAAGCUCAAGCUUUUCCAGAAGGAGACUACUUUGAUGUGAGAAUCUUGUCAAGAUGGCUGGAGGCAAAGCUGACUGUUUGCUCUUGCCUGUUCAUCCAACACAAAGAGGAUUCUCGAUGGGUUGAUAACUGCCAAAUAGAAUUGAAAAAAGGAAGGAAAUAUACAAUUAUGUUUAGCUCAAGAUCUUGUGGUGACAUUGAGCUGGAAGUAGGGAAUUCCAUACGUAUCUACUCCCCCUGGUAUGUCCCAUACACAUUUUAUACCAUUCCUGAGCUGACUUGGAGUCUUCAAAAAUACAAACUAAUUGUGCGUGACGGUAAACGAUGUUUGGUCAAGAUUACAGCCACAGGAAAGAGGUCCGAGUGAUGGAGAAAGAUGAGAUUGUCAUCCUUUCAACAUAUUUUUCACAAAUUCACUUGAUCAACGAAUGUUAGUGUUACUAAUGAUACUAGGUUUCUUCGUGCAAGUAUUAACAUAGUAUUGAAGCAGUCCUGUUGUGAUCAGUCACCCAUGUGUUGCAAGUUGAGGUGUUGAGCGUUUAUGAAGUUUUUGUUUAAAUGACCAUAUGACAAAGAGAGAAACAAUGAGGGCCGAGGAUGGAACUGCGAGGAUUCAGUGAAGGCAAAACUAUGUUGCAGACGUUGAAGCACUUAAUAGUUGCACAUCUAAUUAUGAUUCAAUGAUUUUCGAUCUUUUUAAAAAUAUAUUUACAAUUUGAGAAUAGCUGACAACAUUCAAUUAAAAUGUAGUUGAUUAGAUA